AUUGUGUUCGUUAGCGUUCCAGACUACGGUGGCAGAGGAGACUAUGACAAGAAUUACUUUUCCUGGAUUACUUCCCCGAAGUGAAGUUCUCUGAGACUGUUCCAUAUUGCGGAACUCUUUCUCCAAAGGUAAGGGGGACAUCACAACAUGCUGAAAGUGGCUAAAUCUUGGAUCUCUCCACUUCUGGAAGUGGCUAAAGCUUGAAUCUCUCCGCGUCAGAGACUGAAUCUAUGGCAACUUUUGUAACUCUUAUGGACUUGAGGCUCUACACUGAUUAUUUCCAAAACAACAUAUCUAGUUCAGUAUCACUUUCAAGUUAGGGUCUAUUCCAGCUGACAAAGAACAAGAGGCAGAUUCACACAGUGGACUGAUGGAGUCAAAUCACAUGACUGAUACGUGGAAACACAACCAUUUUUUAAGUCCAAUGAACCUAACAAUAAUCAUAUUGUACUGUGGACAUGAGAAGUCCCCAAGUAGAACAUGCAGACUCCUCUAAGAAAGUCCUGUGUUUCAGAUCCAGAUCAUGAGGCGGGAGUUUUAACCAGUGCUCCCAAGACUUGAGGCACCGUAACGUUAAUUUAAUUCAUUUUAGAAGCAGCUUUUCCUCUUCCAGGUAGAGCUGGAGACUAGCCCAACCGACUACAUCGUGGACUUGUUGCCACUCAAUCUCAGGGCACAUAUGGAGUCAGAUGACCAUUCGCAUUCACACCGAGUGUGAGCUGAACCCAGAGAAGAUUAUAGUUGCAGUAUUGAGAAAGCAAAAAGGAGAAACUGAACUCCAAAAUGUCCAACCGGGUCUGUCACAUAGACACAGGGCAGUCAGUGGAGUACCCCAUUGUAUACCCAGGUCAAACCCAAGGUGUCAGGACCACGACCCAUGAUGUGACACUGCUCCAGCCCAGGCCUGGUCUGCUACGAACCGUCUGCAUCACUUUCACCCCCGACUCCCUGGAGAGGCUUUAUCAGAGCUACUUCCGCCGGCAGAGACAGCCGAACAUGCUGGUGCUGAUGAUGAUUGCCACGCUCUUCAACAGCUUUGUUAUCAUCAUGUGCGCCGUUGUCUUCACUGAGUACAAGCUGGCCAUGGUGGUUGUGGCCGCCGUGGGGCUGGCCGCGGAUCUAGUGUUCCACGAGCUGUACCGGCGGCAGAAACUACCCAAAUCGGCGGUAUCGCGUGGGGCCAUCCCAUAUGUCCUGUGGCUGAUGGUCACCCUCCAUGUGCUGUGCUACACGGGACUAAACUUCCAGCGUGUCUCCCAAGCUAGCGACUCGGUGGGGUGGCAGACUUUUUUCAGCUUCUCCACCUUCCUGACUCUGCCCCUCAACUUGUCAGCGCUGCUCCUGCUCUCAGGCCUCUCCUGCGGGAUCCACAUCCUGGUUCUGGGGUUUACUGUGACUCAGAAGUUUGGAGACACCUUGCAAGGGCCCAUGCUGGUCAGGCAGCUCCUGGCCAAUGUGAUGCUGUACCUGUGUGCAGCUGUUCUGGGGGUGAUGUCAUACUACAUGUCCGACAGGAAGUACAGGACAGCCUUUUUGGAGGCGCGUCAGUCCCUGGAGGUCAAACUUACACUGGAGGAGCAGAGCGCCCAGCAAGAGGAAUUACUGUUGUCCAUCCUGCCCAAACACAUUGCGGAUGAGAUGCUGCAAGACUUAAAGGACCGAGCCAGUGAGAACGAGGUCCAGCAACAGCAACAACAGCAGAAGCAGCAGCAACAAUUCAACACCAUGUACAUGUACCGCCAUGAGCACGUCAGCAUCCUGUUUGCCGACAUCGUGGGCUUCACCCAGUUGUCUUCCACCUGCAGCGCACAGGAGCUCGUCAAGCUGCUCAACGAGCUCUUCGCUCGCUUCGAUAAACUGGCCGAACGACACCACCAAUUGCGCAUCAAAAUCCUGGGCGACUGCUACUAUUGCAUCUGUGGUCUACCGGACUUCAGGGAGGACCAUGCUGCCUGUUCCAUCAUGAUGGGACUCUCCAUGGUAGAAGCCAUCUCCUACGUGCGAGAGAAGACAAAAACGGAGGUGGAUAUGCGAGUGGGCGUGCACACUGGCACCGUGCUGGGGGGAGUGCUGGGCCAGAAGCGCUGGCAGUUUGAUGUUUGGUCCACAGAUGUCACCGUCGCCAAUAAAAUGGAGUCUGGGGGGAUUCCUGGGCGAGUGCAUAUUUCCCAGAGCACCAAAGAAAGUCUACACGGCGAGUUUGAAUUGGAGCCGGGCAAUGGUGGCGAGAGAUGCGAGUACCUGCUGGAGAAAGGCAUUGACACGUAUUUGGUUCUGGUUCCGAAAAAGAAGGCAGAUGAACUCAAUCGAAAAAAAUCCAGGGUUAAGUCACGACAGUUGAUAAACACAACAUCAAACGGGAACGUUGCAUCGUCGUCCCCGGUGUCGGAAUCUCGUCAGGAGAGGUACCGCUUGAUUGGCGAACAAGUGAUCAACAUGCGACUCCAGCAAGAACUCCUGGAGAGAGAAUCACAGCAAAUCUUGAAGAACCUGAUCCAUCCCGUCUCGCUGCGCUUUGUGGAAGGCAAGCUGGAAGAGAACUACUCCUCGAAGAAGGAGAGGCAAAGCGGGACGGCGUUCUGCUGCUGCGCCAUCGUCCUGCUCUUCAUCACCACCAUGGAGGUCUUCAUAGACCCACUACUGUUGGUGAACUACGUGACUCUUGCAAUAGGAGAAGUACUGUUACUCAUCCUCACCGUGUGCUCCCUAGCGGCCAUCUUCCCCAGGUUUUUUUCCAAGAAGCUGGUGUCCUUCUCUUUGUGGAUUGACCGCACACGCUGGGCAAGGAACACGUGGGCAAUGGCGGCCGUGUUUGUCCUCACCAUGACCAUGAUCGCUGAUAUGCUCAGCUGUGUUCCGCCACACUCGCGGCUCGUCAACGGCACCUCGGGCGUGGCGCCGGAUGCGCUGGCCGAAUGCGCCGAGAACCCCAAGCACUACAGCUUCAUGGCAGUGACGUCGCUGAUGGCCACCGCCAUGCUGGUGCAGGUCAGCCACCUGAUCAAGCUGAGCCUGAUGGUGCUGGUCGUCGUGGCAAUGGGCGCCGUCAACAUUCACGGCUGGCAGGACAUCUAUGAUCUCUACGACUUUGUGCACUUUGCGUCCUACAGAACGUCCAUGGUACCAUCCAAAUACCUGAUGACCGUAAUGACCAUCGUGAUGAUGGUCAGUCUCUACCUCUUCGCCCGGCAUCUGGAGUGUCAGUCCAGGGAGUUGUUCCUGUGGAAGGUGGGCGUGCACGAUCAGAAGGAGAGGGUGCUGGAGAUUAGGCGCUGGAAUGAGGCGUUGGUCACCAACAUGUUGCCCGAGCAUGUGGCCAAGCAUUUCCUGGGCACCAAAAAGAGAGAUGAGGAGCUGUACAGUCAGUCCUACGAAGAAGUUGGCGUGAUGUUUGCCUCCAUUCCGAACUUCUCCGACUUUUACACAGAGGAGAGCAUCAACAACGGGGGCAUCGAGUGCCUCCGGAUCCUCAAUGAGAUCAUCUCGGACUUCGACAGCUUAUUGGACAAAGACGAGUUCCGCAACAUCACCAAGAUCAAGACAAUAGGAAGCACCUACAUGGCAGCAUCGGGACUCACCUCAAAAAGCAGCCCAAACCGUCACGGCGAUUGUCGCAAGCGAGAGGAGCAGACGCUUCUUGAGCAUUGGCAGCACCUCGCGGAUCUGGCAGACUUUGCUUUGGCUAUGAAAGUUACCCUGGACAACCUCAACAAGCAAUCCUUCAAUAAUUUCAUGCUCAGAAUUGGUCUCAAUAAAGGCGCCGUUCUGGCCGGCGUGAUCGGAGCUCGCAAACCUCACUACGACAUCUGGGGGAACACAGUCAAUGUCGCCAGUCGCAUGGAGUCUACCGGAGUCAUGGGAAACAUUCAGGUGGUGGAGGACUGCUUUGACAUCCUCAAGCACUACGGCUUCCGUUUUGUGCGAAGGGGGCCGAUUUUUGUCAAAGGCAAAGGCGAGCUGCUCACGUUCUUCAUGAAGGGAAAAGAAAGAAACCCAAGCGACGGUCUUCCACUCACGACUCUCCCUCACCAAGCGGUGCACGUUUUUUGACCAAAGGACAGAUUUCCGGGGCUAUUACCAUUUCUUUACAUCUGUAGAUUAUUUUUGUCAUCGGUUUUAUUCACACGCCCUGUAGCGAUAUAAAUGAUAUUUUGCUAUUCUCCAUAAAUGUGACACAUAUGUCCGCAUCUAUCCAGUAAAAUGCUCUCACUUGAUGAAUUAAGUACUUGACCAUCAUUUACAAUUUUCAUUAAACUAAGUAUUUGUACUUUUCACUAAACAAGUUUGCACAAUGUUGUUGAUCGCAUCUUUCUAACUAAACCACAAUAAAUGGUUCACUAUUGUGUUUAUCGGCGUUAUUCUAUCCCUGUCAUUAGUUGACUCCCUAAAAUGUGUCAUCAGUACUAAUUUUAUAAUAACCGCUCUAAUAUAAAUGAAUUAUAAAAUAUUUGUUAAAUAAUACAUAUUCGCA